AUGCCUUCCAUCAGCCGCCUCCUCGUUCUCGCCGUCCUCGGUGUUUCUCUCUCAGUCCACGCCAUCCCCGUCCCGGGCGCGUCCACGGACGUUGAGCUCCACCGGAAGGACGUUCAGGACGUCGACGCGUACGCUCUCGAUGAGCGCUCGUUCGACGAGAGCGACGAAGGCGCGGACUUCGACGACGAGGACUUCGACGACGAGGUUGACGACGCGGAGGAGGACAGCGGUGAACUAGAGCGCCGCGCGCCCGCUAAGAAGGCUGCCGCGAAGCCGAAGACCGUCGCGAAACCGAAGACCGUUGCGAAACCGAAGACCACCGCGAAGCCCAAGACCACUGCGAAGCCCAAGACUACGGCGAAGCCCACGACUGUCGCGAAGCCCAAGACUACUGCAAAGCCCAAAACUGUCGCGAAAGCCAAGACUACCGCGAAGGCGAAGACAACCGCGAAGACCACCGCGAAGACGCCAGCCAAAACGACCGCGAAGACCACCGCCGCGGCCGCGAAGUCGUCUGCCGCGAAGUCGUCCGCCGCGCCGAAGUCGACCGGGAAGGCGUGCACCGCGAACAAGUUCAAGGGCAAGCGCAGCCCACGCGAGCAGCCGUUCGAGGAUCUCGAGCACCUCUUCCGGCGCAACACGCAGGAGUUCAUCGGCUGGCACGGCACGAACAGCGACACGGCCACGUUCUGGGCGCAGAAGGGCCAGCUCGCGAAGCCGACGAAGCCGACCGGCUUCUUCGACUUCUUCGACUUCGACUCUAACCAGGCCAAGGGCAGCAGCGGUGCAGACGCCGAGAACGGGCCCGGGGUGUACGUCACCGACGACAAGGACAUCGCGAUCGCGUUCGCGAACAACAACGCGAAGGUGAACAAGGGCACGACGGCGAUGCUCUGCGCGAUCUUCGCCAAGAGCUCCGCGAACUGGCGGACGGCGAUCCGCAAGGCGUUCCUGCCCGAAGCCCUCGUCGGCGACUCGGCGACGGCGUCCGUCAAGGCCGCGAAGGAGACCUCGCGCACGCUCUACCUCAAGUCGGUCGUGCCCGGGGUGAGCGCCGCGAACGUCGUCCGCUUUUCGCUCCUCAACCGCCUCACGCACACCGGCCAGCUCGUGCUCCCCGCGGGCGUCACGAGCCAGUUCACGGCGCAGUGCGUGGCCACGGACGCGGCGCUCCCCGCAGGCACGAGCGACUUCCCGGCGUUCAGCUACAACGGCGCGUCGCUCCGGAGCACCUGGGACAUCGCCGCGGAGCAGACGUGCUCGGCCUGA